AGGGAGCAGAGGCUCAGAUCCACCCGAGACCCACGCAGGGAACAUCCCACUUGCACCAGCAGGGCUGUGCUCCCAGCUGUGCCACCCCCUCCUCGAUGGCGGGGGUCCCAUCUCCCACCACCCUGGCCAUCUUCCUGACCUGCCUCUUCCCCGGGGCACACGGCCAGACUGCAAGGGCUUUCCAGGAGAGCACCAUCCCCCUGGAGGUGCUUGGCCAGGAGCAGGCUCACAGCCUGCUCCAGCAGAGCCUGCUCCAGGAGCUGCCCAACCGCUCAGAGAGCCUUCCCAGCACCACCAGCUCGGAGCCACCCCUGCUGCCCGUCUGCCUGAAGCCCGCAGAUAUCAGACACAUCUUCAAGUACAUCAACACCAUCGUGUCCUGCACCAUCUUCAUAGUAGGAAUCAUUGGGAAUUCCACCCUCCUGAGGAUCAUCUACAAGAACAAGUGCAUGAGGAACGGGCCGAACGUCCUCAUUGCCAGCCUGGCGCUCGGAGACCUUCUCUACAUCCUCAUUGCUCUGCCCAUCAAUGUGUACAAGCUCCUGGCAAAGGACUGGCCCUUUGGUGUGCAGGUGUGCAAGCUGGUCCCCUUCAUCCAGAAGGCCUCAGUGGGCAUCACAGUCCUGAGCCUCUGUGCUCUCAGCAUCGACAGGUACCGAGCCGUGGCGUCCUGGAGCCGCAUCCAGGGCAUUGGCAUCCCCAUGUGGAAGGCAGUGGAGGUGGUGGUGAUCUGGGCAGUGGCCAUCGUGCUGGCCGUCCCCGAGGCCAUCGCCUUUGACAUGGUGGAGCUCAGCUACUGGGAGCAGCACCUGUGGGUCUGCAUGCUGGCCUCUGAGCAGAAGUCCAGCUUCAUGAUGUUCUACCGUGACGUGAAGGACUGGUGGCUUUUUGGCUUCUAUUUCUGCCUCCCCUUGGUGUGCACUGGCAUCUUCUACACCCUCAUGUCAUGCGAGAUGCUGAGCAAGAGGAAUGGCAUGAGAAUUGCUCUGAAUGACCACAUGAAACGGCGCAGGGAGGUGGCCAAGACUGUCUUCUGCCUGGUGGUGAUCUUUGCCCUCUGCUGGCUGCCCCUCCACCUCAGCCGCAUCCUCAAGAAGACCAUCUAUGACCAGACAGACCCCAACAGAUGUGAACUGCUCAGUUUCCUCCUGGUGAUGGAUUACUUUGGGAUCAACAUGGCCUCCCUCAACUCCUGCAUCAACCCCGUGGCUCUCUACUUUGUCAGUCGGAAAUUCAAGAACUGCUUCCAGUCCUGCCUGUGCUGCUGGUGCCAGAGGCCAGCCCUGAGCAUCACCCCGACGGACGAGAAGGGCUCCAUGGGGAAGUGGAAAGCCAACGGGCAGGAGCUGGGGCUGGACCGGAGCAGCUCCCGCCUCAGCAACAAGUACAGCUCCUCCUAA